GCAAGCUUCGUAGCGAUUGACUCGUUCCUUUUCACAUUCAGUGUCCUGAAACAAAACACCCGCCUUGCGCUUACCGCGACAGAUAUGAAGUGUUGCGACGAGAGCACGGACAAAGUAGUUGGCGAUAUUGCCGCUUUCUUUCUUAGUAUUAAGCGACGACCAUCGAUUCGUUUUCAGGGCAGCUCGGAACGUUGUCGUAAAGUGGCAGAAGGCUUCCGGCACAUUGCAUAUGAACAGGAGCCUGAGCUGUUUGACUUUCGCCAAAACAGUGGCUCGUCACAACUAUUAGUGCUGGAUCGAAUGUACGACCCAGUAACUCCACUCCUGUCUCAAUGGACCUACCAGGCCAUGUUGCACGAGCUAUUUGGGAUCAGGGGUAAUAGAGUUCGGUUGAGCGCGUCUGCAAAUGAAUCACAGGAACUUGUAAUUUCAUCGACCUCCGAUGAAUUUUAUGCAAAGAACAUGUAUUCUAAUUAUGGAGAUCUGGGUCUUGCCAUAAAUGAGUUGGUGGAUGACUUUCAGGCCAUAUCAAAAUUCAACAAGCAAUUGGACUCGAUUGAAGACAUGCAACGUUUUGUUGAGAAUUUCCCGGAAUUUCGUCAACAGUCAGGAAAUGUUUCGAAGCAUGUUACUCUCAUGAGCGAGAUGAGUAAGUUGAUCAGUGAAAACUCCCUAUUGGCAGUUUCUCAAGUGGAGCAGGAGAUAGUCUGCGGGUCGGAUCGUCCGUAUGCGUGCAGAGCCGUAAUGGACCGUCUCAGUGAUCAUAAGGUAAAACCUUUUGAGCGCCUGAAACUUGUGCUGUUGUUCGCACUUCGAUAUGGACAUGAGGGAAGCCACCAGGUCGAUGAAAUGAUAGCGACACUUUCGCAACAAAAUGUUGAAUAUACAAACACUAUGUCAUUACAACACAUCAUCAAGCUGAUGAGAGCAAACACCAGAAUCUCCGACCUUUUUGGCAAUCAAAACUUUUUAGCACGAGCCUCAAAAUUAGUUGGAGGACUCAAGGGUGACGACACCGUUUACACACAACACCAACCUUUUUUAAUUCAGACUCUCGAGAGUUUGGCGAAGGGAAAGAUGAAGGACAUGGACUUCCCACUUCUGGGCGAUAGUCAUGGAUCAAAAGACGACAAACCGCAAGAAAUAGUGGUUUUUAUGAUUGGCGGUGUCACGUUUGAAGAGGCAAGGUUUGUGGCCCAAAUUAAUGGCUCUGGGAAUGGUCUCGUCAUUACCCUAGGGGGGACCUCAAUCGUAAACUCUACAGUAUUCCUUCAAGACCUAUUCCGAAAUUGUUGACAUAAAUACAUAUAUGGACGACGAACGAUUUGAAUCCACGAGAGUUUAUUGAGACAGAGAGAGCUAACUGGGCUAAAUUGAGCAUGUGCGAUGUCUCGUAUGAGAACUGUACUUGUGUGUGCUCAUGUCAUCGGAAAUCUCAUACCGGAAGAGAUUUGCGUCCUCCACCGAUCAUCGUGAUGAAGUCCUUGACGACUGGAAUAGUUAAAACUGAUCCAAAAAUCGGCAAACGCUUCAGAAAUGCGAGAACAGUAGGGAAGAAGGAUCUGAACAGUGCAAGAAAACCAUAACAUUCCGCGAUGAUGCCGACGGCAGGCCAACCGACGAAGACUAACACCAGUCCUCCCAGAAAGCAAGUGGAGCCAACGUGAUUUUGAGGCCUAACGAAGAACUUGACAGUUCGCUUUGGUCCAAUCGUCAAGGUCACGCCGCUCAUGAAUAAAAUCUGCAUCAAAGACAUUUGUGAGACAAUUUCUUGCACAGAAGAGUCUUCCACUGCUACUGCGACAUGGGUGUCGGCAAGCAAGAAACACAACUCACGUUCCCGAUUGUUAAGAGCCCGCUAUCAAAAAAUGUAACGAUCCCAAGGGAUGUGAAAAGCAGUCCGAAACUGGUGAGGCCGAUGCCAAUUUCUGCAACACGGGUUGGAAAGUUAGACCGUCUGAAAAGCAGCGGGAACAAAGAGGUACCGCGAGAAGGAAUGACCAAAACACAGAGGCGAGGCAAAGGAACGGCUUCGGGAGAAACAUGCGACGCGUGCCGAAUUGAACGCGGUAAAAGAGCCCAAACUUGAAGUGAAUGUAUUGACUGAAUAGGUUCCUACUUUGCAAGUCGUCCAUCCCCCGGCCAGGAGACGGUGUUUCUUUAACGAGAACGAGGAGCCGGGACCCAGAGCAGCAAGUAGAGUAAUGACCCACUUGCGGUGGUAGAGUUCACGUAUCGACGGCACGGCGUGCGCAGGCAGCACAAUAUUACCGCCAAACGUGAGGCACAGAGCCUGAACCCGAACACUUGGGUCCUCAAUGUUGUACGAACGAAGGUAGACUACCUUCGUAGAAGACAUUUUUAUCUGAGCGAGGUUCCCACGCACCCGGUAAAAUCGCAACAAUAAUCCUUAUCCUUAUCAUUUAUUUUAUUCGCACAAAAUAAA